AUGCCUUCCGAGACGGAACCCCUCCUCCCUCGCUAUGAGGAUGAUACCUCACGUCAGCGACGGCUCCAUCAAAAGCUACAUAGCUACCAGAUGGUCCGCGCCAUCUCCGAGGGAUACAUGCCAACAACCGAACAAACCAUCGCCAACCUCCGUACCCUUCUAGCCUCCGAUGUGCUCAACCUCCGUAAUCAGGAUAUCGGUAGUGUCGGUCGCCAGCUAGUGCGGGAUAGUCGACUGUGGAUCCAGGUCUUCAUCGAAUUUCUGCAGCAGAGGAACGGCCAAGACCAGCUCCAGGAGUUUUUGUGGCGCCUGGCCCGUUCGCGUGUCGAGGUGGACACCGAGAGGGUUUCAAGACAGGCCGCCCACGUGAAGGCGCGGGCUGAUACUAAAGCUGCAUAUGACAGUUUCCGCACUGUCGGUGGUCUGCUUCUGACUAAUGCUGAUUUCCGUCUUUUCGUCGAUGACAUCGUUACCGUUGGCCGCCAGAUCUUCGCUGAUACCGCUGAAUCCCUCGCCGAAUCCUCCAAGAAAGUCGCGGAACAAGUGAAACCAUCCGAGGAAGAAGAGCAGGCGCUACAGGGUGCUGGUGCCGAUGAGGGUCAUGAGCUAUCGAAGGCCGAGGUGAAGGAGGAAGUUGCACAUGUCGCGGGUGUGGCCGGCGAAGGGAUCGCUCACACAAGCCGUGAUGCUGUGCAGAGCGCCAAAGAGCACCUGUCAGGCCGAGAGAGGGACACUUUGCUGUUCCGGCUGAAGCAGGCGGUCGAAAAGCUCCGGGAGAGGACGGACUACUCUGAUUCGGUGGCAACACUUGCCCAAUUGGUAGCGCGCUAUGCUAAGAUCUACGCCGAUGUAGCAGAGAGCACGGCCUCGGUGGCCCAAGAAGACAUGGAAGUCAACGCUGACCUCAAACGGGCGGUCGACCAAUUCUGGAAUCUCUUGCGGUCAUAUGGUAGUGCAGAAGAGUGGGAUCGGCUCCAGGAAAAGUUCCACAAUGUCUUGCGCCAUGCAAACAAAGAUCCCGAGUUUGAUAAUCUGCUCGGAGAGGUGGGAACUUCCUUGCAGGACAUGCUCACCAACCCCGAGUUCUUCGACUCGGCACCGCAGAAGCUUGAUGAACUCAAACAACAAUCUGACAAAGUAGGCUCGGAGACGAGCCUGCGAAAGGAUGUGGAUGAUUUCCUAGCACAAACCAAACUCACACUUAGAACUGUGCCGGAAGACCCAGCCGUCUCCAAGUUAGUCAAUGCUACCAAGAAGGUCUACCAGGGCGCUUGGGGUGCCUACAAUGACAAGAAGGCCGACCUCCCAGCAGAUUUGAACCUAAUCCUUGAACCUGGCCACACAGUAAACUUCUCCUCUUUCCUCCCCUACCGCAUGCACCUCCUCACACGCAAUGAUAUCGACGUGGUAAAAACCCACUCAAAGCGCACAGAAACACUCAUGAAAACGGCCUUCACGGUCACCGUCCAAGGUCUCAACAUCAGCGCCGAAGACUUUGGCUACUGGUUCCGCACCCACACAGGCUUCUUCCACCUGAAGGAUGAAGGCAUAGCAAGCUUCUACCUAGACCGCCGCGGCAUCGACAUCUCCCUGGACAUCGAAGUCGGGCGCGGAAGCCUGGAGCAGAUCUUCUCUUUGCGCGGCGUCCGCGUCUGCAUCCACAAACUUGACUACACAGUCAAGCGCAGCAAAUGGAGAUUCAUCCUCUGGCUGACCAAACCAUUCCUGAAACAUCUCGUUCGACGCGUGCUUGAGAAGAAGAUCGCAGAGGAGAUUGUUGCAGCGAUGUUCGCGCUGAAUCGCGAGCUAGUCUUUGCACGUGAGCGGCUGCGUGCUGCCCGCAUCGCUAACCCGCAGGACCUGGCGACUUUUGUGCGAGCUGUCCUCGCGCGCCUUAAACCUGCUGACUCGGAUGUCGAGACUAGGAUUGGUCUUGAGCCGUUGGAUCAGGGUGUCUUCAAGGGUAUCUAUGCUCCCGGCAGUAUUGUCAAGACCUGGCAUGAGGAGGCCACACGCGCGCAGGAGGCCAUAGAGGAUGGAGAUGAGACCCGUGGCCUUGGCCAUACUUGGCAUAAUGAUAUCUUUAAUGUUGCCGGGCGGAACUGA